CAACACCCUUUUUACCUUGUCAAAAAUAGCUCUGUUCAUAGCGAGCCGUUUUGGUGCAUGUCCCUUUAAAUGCUAAUGAGCUCUGCUCACCCCACCCCUCUUUUUUCUGGGGUGAUGAGCCAAUAGGCCCUUUUCACAAUGACGUCAGAAAACUUCUGCCUUUCCUCAAAGCAGUGUAUACGCACUUCCGUUUAACCGUACGCGCGCUGGAUACCUCAGGAAAAUGUCGGAAGUUGGAACUUAUUAACUAACAACACGAAAGGUAAAGUUCAGAAUAAUAAUGUUUAGGUAUUUACCGGGUUUUUUAUGUUAAUUCGUUUGAUAACGUUAAUGAUUAUUUCCAGUUUUCCUUUCUUUAACGUGUAACUGCCUUGGUUGGGAAAGUAGGCUAACGUUAGCUAUCAGCUAAAAAUAAAAACAUGCAUCGCUCUCAGCCUGUGUUGCCUUAAGUUUACUAAUAAGAGUUAACUUUUUAUUUAUUAUACAUUAAUGUAUAUUCCAGCACUGUUGUUUAGAAUAACUCCCUCUUAAUAAAAGCUAAAUGUUAAACCAUUUUCAUAUGCUGAUGUGAUUCAUUAUUCCUUUCUUCCUGUGUCCAUCUUUCAACAGUUUUCCAUCCAACAAGCAUGGCACAGUCAUCUUGUAGAUGUUAUUGCAGUGUUCCUUGUUGUUCGAACAACAAACAGAAAUUUCCUUAUUUAAGUUUCCACGAUUUUCCAGUGGACACAGACACACGUGCCCGUUGGAUUAGGGCGAUCAAAAGAGAUGAGGGACCGAGUUUUCAAAUCCUUCGUGGGAGUACCUAUGUGUGUAGCCAGCACUUUGUCCCAGAGGAUACAUGUACAUCAGCCAGUGGACGAACCAGGAUUAAAAAAGGAGCAGUGCCGUCUAGAUUCUCCUGGAAUGAUUGGGGUAAAGGAAGAGGCUCACAUGCUCGGCAGUCAGUUUACCAGAGAUCAAGGAAGCAUUUUAGGGCUGCUGUCCUUGAUGAAUCUCAGGAGAUGCCUGUCCCAGGAGACAUCACAGAGGAGGCACUGUCUGCAGGUGGAGUGGCAAAAGAUCAUGACUAUGCCUAUCAUCCUUCUCCUGGGAAACUGGAUAGUGCUGCACGGAGAAUUCAAGAGUUGGAGCUUCAGGUUUUGUCACUAGAACUUGAAAUCCAGCAGCUGACAGUUAAGCAGCUGAAGCUGCUGAUUUUCAAGUUCUGUGUCACAGAUGAGGACUUCCGUUACUACACGAGGUUCAGCUCAAAGGAGGUCUUCACUGUGUUUUGGGAGUCAGUUUACCCCUCUGCUUCAAGGCUUUUGUACUGGUCCAAGGCACAGCGAACAGAUCAUGAGACACCUAGCCCUCAACGAAAACUUCAGCUCAUUGAUGAACUAUUCAUGUUUCUCUGUCGUGUUGCAGCUGGGCUUCAGGAGAAAACCUUGUCGUCCAUCUUUGAGGUCAGCUUGUCUACAGUUAGUCGCAUCAUUUUAACAUGGACAAGCUACCUUUACCAGGUUCUUGGCUCACUACCAUUGUGGAUGACAAGAGAGCAAGUGCAGGCCACAAUGCCUGACAAGUUCAAGCUCUACUGCCCUCAGGUGAGAGUGAUAAUUGACUGCACAGAGAUCCGUUGUGAAACAGCAUCUUCUCUCUUACUGCAGUCAGAAAGUUUUUCCAACUAUAAAAACCACACCACCUUUAAAGGUCUAAUUGGCAUUGCCCCAUGUGGGGUUAUCACAUUUAUAUCUAAACUGUACACAGGCUCCAUCUCAGAUUUAGAAAUAACUCGGCAAUCGCAGAUCUUGCAGUUACUUCAACCAGGAGAUGGAGUAAUGGCUGAUAAGGGGUUCCAGAUUGAGAAGAUGCUGUCAGAGGUGGGGGCAACACUCAUCAUCCCUCCGCUGAAGAAAUCUGCUCAGCUCAGCUUGGAGGAUACCCAGAAGACCCAGGCUAUUGCCCGUCUGAGAAUUUUAGUUGAGAGGGCCAUACGCAAGGUGAAGGAGUACCAUAUUUGGGAUGGGCUUGUUCCUCUUUCAAUGGUCGGAUCAGUCAAUCAGCUGUGGGCCAUAUGUUGCUUGAUGUCAAACUAUCAGGGACCUCUUGUUAUCAAAGGGGACAAACCAGUCUGAAGUGUUUCCUCUCAAUCCCACUAUUAGCUGUUUGAAACUGUGUAUAUAGACUGUAAAUACAA